AUGAUGAAGCCCAGAGAUAAUGAUGGAGAAACUCAUGAAAAAUCAAGAGAUGGCAAGACAAGAUCAAGAAGCAGCAAGAAAAGAUCAAGCCACAACAAGCAAAAACCAAGAAGCUUCAAUCAAAAAUCUCGAGAGCAUAUGGAACAAAUGGCUAAACGAAUUACAGAUGCAUCCCCAAGUGCCACUCAAGACCACCCAAGGGACAAAGGAAAAGCUACAAAGUGGGAUGAGUGUAAAGCAAUCAUAGUGGAAAGUGAGAAGAAAGCCAUCAAUCAGGAAGAACACAACAGAGAAGUUCCACAAGAAGAGACAGAAGAGAGAAGUGAAGAGGAUCAGAAAAUCAAGAAUGCAAAAAGCUCAAAGAGAGAUAAGGACAUUCUUGAAACACAACUACAAGAGAAGAAGGAAAGGAUGCCAGUGUAUGCCAAAUUUAUGAAGGAAGUGCUGACAAAGAAAAAGUCCCUAAAAGAAGGACAAAUUGUUGAGAUGACAAAGGAAUGUAGUGCUAUUCUCCAAAGAGAGUUACCAGAGAAGAAAGAUGAUCCUGGGAGUUUUUAUAUACCUUGCACUAUAGGAGACAUAACAAUUGAAAAGUCAUUCUGUGACCUUGGUGCAAGCAUAAACUUGAUGCCUUUGUCUCUAAUGAGGAAACUUCGAAUUUGUGAGCUGAAAUCCACACGAAUACUCCUUCAAAUGGCUGACAAAUCCAUCCAGCAAGCAGUUGAAGUUGUAGAGAAUGCGCUGGUAAAAGUGGGAAAAUUUCUUCUCCCAGCUGAUUUUGUCAUUCUGGAUAUGGAGGAGGACCCUAACACCCCCAUCAUCCUAGGGAGGCCUUUUUUUGCUACGGGCAGAGCACUGAUAGAUGUUGAAAAAGGGGAAUUGUUGCUGAGAGUGCAUGAUGAGCACCUAGCAUUCCAUGUGUUUAAAACCCCACAUGAGCCCACUCAAGAAGAAGAGUGUACGGAGGAUAAGGCCAGAGAUCAAAGUUUGAAGGAGGUAGUCAAUGAGUUAGCUCCAAGACUUCCAAAUCCAUGCUUGAAAGAAGUAGAGAUGGUGCAACAGACCAAAGAAAUCAAGGAGGAACUAGAUCCAAAACUUCCAGAUGAGAAAUUCAACAUCUCAGAUAAGGAACCACCAAGGCAGGGAUUUUUCUAG